AUGUCAUACAGCUCUCCUUUCUUUCUCAAAACACAGACAUCUCUAUGGUCAAUGAGCUCUAUCUUCUUUAACUAUCUUUCCUUUUUUCCUGCUUCUUUCUUUCAUUUCUUUUUCCUUUAUUUCUUUUUGCUUUUGCUACCUCCUACCUUUUCAUUUGUUCACUUCCUUCUACCUUUACUUUUUGCCCCUCACUUUUAUUUCCUUUUACUUCUCUUUCAUUUCUUUCCUUUUCAUUAUUUCUAUACUCUUUUUAUUCUUCAAUUUCUUCUUUCCUGCCACUACCUCUCUUCUUCUUGUUUCUUUUACUUUUCUCUCUUUUUAUUCAUUCCUCCCUACCACCCUUGUUCAUCUUUCUUUUGUCUUCAUUUUUUCUUUUGUCUUCAUUUUUUCUUUUUUCUUUCUUUUAUUUCUUCUUCUCAUCUUCUUUUUCCUUUUCCAUUUGAGCCAAAGUAUUUUUUUCGAUCGUUUUUCUCUUUUCUCUUUCUUUUCGCUUUCUUUUCUCGCACAUUUGUUAACAUUGGGAUUUAUUUGUUGCUUAGUUUUCUUUUUAUUCAUUUUUUUUUCACAUUCCUUCCUUCCCAUAUUUUCACCUGUUUCCUCUUUUUAUUCAUUUUCUCCUUCUUUUUAGUUUUCCGUCCUCUCCAUUCUUUUCAAACAACAUUCUUCUUUCUUUCUUUCUUUCUUUCUUUCUUUCUUUCUUUCUUUGAUAUUCUCUAUUAUCCAUGCAUUCAUUUUCUUUCUCAUUUAUUCCUAACUUUCAUUAUUGAUAAAUCAGUAUCUAUCUAUCUAUCUAUCUAUCUAUCUAUCUAUCUAUCUAUCUAUCUAUCUAUCUCCUACUUUACUUUGUGUUCUUUCUUUCUUUCUUUCUUUACCCUUAAAAUUAAUGCAUUUUUCUCCCCCACUUUUUUUUUUAACUUAGAUAUAAAUUAUGGCUUUUUACACGCCACCAUCUCUCUCUCUCUCUCUCUCACACACACACUCUCUAUCUGUCUCUGUCUCUGUCUUUGUCUCUAUCUGUCUAUCUCUUUCUCUGUCUAUCUCUGUCUCUCGCAGCCUUUUUGUUUCGAUGCUUGUUUGUCUUUCCUCAUCUACCCCAAUUUUGCUACCCUAGAUACACGCAAAAUUGCAAUGAUAUGUUGCCACUGUCCCACCGCACACUUUCAACUUCAAUUGAAUAAACACAUCUCUUUCUUCGGAUGCUUUUUAAAUCCUCUUUCUUUAUCUUCUUUCUCUUCUUCUUUUUUUGAUCUUAACAUUCUUAUUAUUACUACUACUACUACUACUACUAUUUCUGCUACUCUUCUCAAUUCUUCACCCUUUCCCACUCUUCUUUCUCUUAAUCAUCCUCCCUAUAACUACUUUCCCUUGAUCUUCCGCCAUUUCUUUUUUGUUUUUCUCCUCCUCCUCUCCUAUUUUAAUCCCCUCCUUCUUCGCUUUCUCUUACUCCUUCACCUCGGGUUUGCAUUUCUUAUUUUCUGUUGGCUCCUCCCUUUUAUAUUUACAACUUUUUCUAUUAGUUUUUAA